AAAACAAACAUGGUGAAUUUUGAAAGAAAAAUGGAUCUGGAUCUGAUGGAAGGGAUCCCACCCACGGGAUCAAGCUUCCACCAACUCCUUCACCAUUUUCCCAACAAAAAUCCUCUAUUCAGAGCUAUACCUCUUGCAGCCCGUAAAUCUCCUUUCUCAAGACACCAAUCUUCUUUCAACAAAAAAAUACUCUUUUAGGCCGUCCUUAAUACCACACUCAAAACCAAGAGAACCCCUUUCAGGUCCCAAAAAAAGAACCCAAAAAUCAACCAGAAAAUCCCCCCUCAGACCUCUGCCUUUUACUCUAUAUAUACACCCAACUGAUAAAAUAAAAAUAAAAAUGAAAAAAAAAAGGCCUGGCUCUGAGGCAGAGGCGCAGGACAGCAAGCAGGGGUGCAGAGGGGUUGCGCGAUUGAGGUACAGGCGGGGUAAUGAGUGCAGGAUCGAUUGGCGAUUGGUUCGGGGGGGAGGUGAGGUGAUGAGUGCAGAUCUGGGCUCGGGUAGAGGAAGGUGCAGGCGCGCAGGGGGUAAAGCGGGUAAGCUCGGUGCAGCAAGCAGGAGAGGUAUGAUUACUGGAAGUGGGCUUAGGCAUGUAGGUGAUUUGGGCGCAGAGAGCAAGGCUGGUGAUGGCUGGCGGGCUCAGGCGGGUGCAAGGGCGUGGGCGCAAGGCUUGGAGAGUAGGGCGGUGCAGGCAGGCAGGGGGCGUAGAGCAAGGGGUCUAGGCAUGGUCGGCCGCGGGGGCCAAAAAAAAGGGCGCAGAGCAAGAGAAAGCUCUCCCUCUUUCUUUAAUUGGGGUUAGGGUUUUGAGUUUGAAGUUUAGGUUUUUGGGUUUGGGCUAAAUGGGUUAUGUUAUGGGUUUUUUGGGUUUGGGUAAUUGUGGGUUUUGGUUUUGGUAUUUAUGGAUUUUGGGUUUUUUUGGCUUUUUGGCUAAUUGGGUUUGAGUUUGGGUUUUGAUUUUGGUUUGAUGGGUUUUGGGCUGGACUUGUAAAUUUGUUUUGAUGAACUUCACCCCUUCAACUUUUGAUUUC